AUUUCCGCUUUUGGUUUGUCUCCCCGGAAGUUCCCGUGAGAGGUAGCGUGGUAGCUGGUGUGGUCUUUGUCGGGUUCCGCCAUGGCGUACAGGGGCCAAGGCCAGAAGGUGCAGAAGGUGAUGGUGCAGCCCAUCAACCUCAUCUUCAGAUACUUGCAGAAUAGAUCCCGGAUUCAGGUGUGGCUGUAUGAGCAAGUGAAUAUGCGGAUAGAAGGCUGUAUUAUUGGUUUUGAUGAAUAUAUGAACCUUGUAUUAGAUGAUGCAGAAGAAAUUCAUUCUAAAACAAAGUCAAGAAAACAACUGGGUCGGAUCAUGCUGAAAGGAGACAAUAUUACUCUGCUACAAAGUGUUUCCAACUAGAAAUGAUCAAUGAAUUAAGACAACAGUGAAGUGAGGCGAUGGCAAUUAUGAUAAUAUGUAAAAAAAAAAAAAAAAAAAAGCCCUGGGAGUAUCUGUAAAACACUUGUUCAUAUUGUUUUGACUACCCUUAUGUUUUUACUGGAGGCCAAUAAAUGUAGACUUGUUUUUAUUAAGAAAUGAAA